GUUCAAAUGCGUUUGAGCAUUACGUAUAUAAGCAGUUAACUGCGCGGUAACAUCCAGUGUUAACUUAUGUGCCCGUAGUGCGUCGCACAGGCAUAUUUUUGCACGUCCUGCUGAAAAGAUGUCGAUCAGCGACGAAGCUCCUCAGAAGGGCAAGAAACCGAGCAAGCCAGGAAGCUGUGUCGCCGUUGGAAUAUUAGGUGAACGAGAUGAUGACACCUUGCCACCCGUUCGCAGCGCAUUAUCAGGCGAUGUUCUUGUGAAUCCAGAGCCUCUGGUCAUGAGAAAAAUCACGCGAGAAGGUCUCGAUCUAGACUACAUAAGAUUUUUCGGAAAAUCCACGGCUGACUAUGUUUUCCGGAGGCUGGAGUCCGAAGUCGAGUACUUCACGGGAGACUUGCUCAAAAUCAGAGUCUAUGGCAAGUGGCGGACGAUACCGCGAAAGCAAGUCUCCUACGGUGAUAAAGGAAUGUCCUAUGCAUUUUCGGGCACCCGGCUUCCUGCCAAACCAUGGACUCCUCUUCUCCAGCACUUGAGGGAUCUUGUUGCCAAUCAAACUGGCCACCGUUACAAUUUUGUACUCGUCAACAGGUACAAGGAUGGCUCCGAUCACAUUGGUGAGCACAGAGAUGAUGAGAAAGACCUGGACCACACCGUACCUAUCGCAUCGUUGUCGUUCGGGCAACCUCGAGACUUUGUAUUGAAGCAUGGGGAUGCGAGGCGCAAGAUGCGUCACAUAGAACCAUUGAAAAUAUGCCUGGAACACGGAAGCCUGUUGCUGAUGAACCCACCUACAAAUCGAUACUGGUAUCAUUCACUCCCUCCUCGUAAGGCAGCAGUUGGACCUCGUGUGAACCUUACCUUUCGUCGACUGCACACACCAAGUAGUUAGUGAUCGUAGAUGGGACACGAAUUGUCUGACAUUGCAGUUUUGUCUUUUACAGUUCCUAUUAUUAUCAAGUUAUUGCCAACACCAGGCUGGGUCAAGUAUUCCAGAAUAUGGGCAUAGGAAUUGCCGUUGCUUUGGCUACUCAAUAAAUAAUAUAUUAUUCAGUAAAUAUUUACACUACAGCGUUAUCAUUUUUCAGCAGUUAUCAUAAAGAUAAGAGCAUGAAUUUAUUCCGAAUGAAAGGGCCCUC